AUGACCAUGGAGGGGAAGAUCACCAAGCCCCGACGACAACCCGAGCGCACUACCGAUAAGGCCAAGGACGGCGUGUUGCUAGAGCAGCUUGACGAUGAAGUUUUGCACAUCAACCGCAUCAAGGGGAAGCUUAAACAGCUGCUACCAGCGAAGGAAGAGUCGCCAGUUUCCGACGGCCUCGACGAUAUUGGUGACAGCGACGAGUAUAAGGACCUGUCUGAGUACUUCAACAACGUCGACAAAGACACCUUUCGCCAGUACGAGCUUGCGUGUGACCGGGUGAAGCUGUUUUACGACGAGCAGCACGAGAAGCAGACGGUGGCGUACAAUAUCGAGGCCCGAAUCAACUUUAAAACAAAGACGCGGGCCCGGAUGACGAUUUGGGAAGGGCUUGAGAAGCUCAAUAAGCUUUUGGACGACUCUGACCCCGAUACUGAGCUCUCCCAGAUCGACCACGCUUUACAGACGGCAGAGGCGAUCAGGCGGGACGGCCAGCCCCGGUGGUUUCAGCUUGUGGGGCUUAUCCACGACUUGGGCAAGUUGCUUUACUUUUUCGACUCCAAAGGCCAAUGGGACGUUGUGGGCGACACGUUCCCCGUCGGAUGUCGUUUUUCAAGCAAGAUAAUAUUGCCGGCAUCAUUCAAGAAAAACCCUGAUUUCUACAACCCGUUGUACAAUACCAAGUACGGCAUCUACCUGGAACGGUGUGGUCUCGACAAAGUGAUGCUUUCGUGGGGCCACGACGAGUACAUGUACCACAUUGCGAAGGAGAACCUGACUCUCCCGCAGGAGGCGUUGGCGAUGAUCCGCUACCACCUGUUCUACCCGUGGCACCAGGAAAACGCCUACCAGUACCUCAUGGACGCCCACGACACCGACAUGCUCAAGGCGGUCAAGGCGUUCAACAAGUACGACUUGUACAGCAAGAUCGACACCAAGCUUGACGUAAAUGAGCUAAAGCCGUACUACAUGGCGUUGAUCGACGAGUACUUUCCCGAUAAGGUUAUUGACUUCUGA